GUGUGCGUCACUAAACAGUAAACUGUGGGAAAACCGGUGGGGGGCUAAACCUGUGGCUGGGAGGAAGAAGGAAAGGAAAGGAAACUGACUGACAGCACAACGUGGUUGACUUUUGAAGAGGAAUAGUACGGCUCAGAACCAUUUUUGUAAAAGAAGACAUCCGGAAUACCUUCUUGCUUUAGGUCCUUUAAGGCCCACUAAAGAUGAGCUGUAUUCCUGCCUCACACAGUAUGAGCACCAUUCUCAGUCAAGUGGAAUCUCAGUUGGAGGAGAGUCCAGUUCAGAGGAGAGGGAGCAAAGCCUACCAGAUCUUCCCUGAAGCUAACGUGAAUGAAGAGUCAGACUCAAGUUCCUAUCCUGAAGACUUCCUAUACAGGAGGGAGCGCCUCCCCUCUAUCGUUGUGGAGCCGACGGAGCACAGCGAGCCGGAGAGCGGGGAGCUGCGUUGGCCUCCUCGAUGCUUAAUGAGCAACAGUGUGGAGGAGGAAGAGGAGGACAGCAGUGCUGAUCACACAGAGGGCUCUAUGGAUGGAGAGCAGCUGGAGGACGUGGGGAUAGAAGAAGGCCCAGUUGCCAGAAAGUGUUCUAUUGGACCGUCUCAGAGUCAACUGUCCCUGUCACGGCUGACCCCACCUGCCUCCCCUACCCCCCCUGAGGCUGUCCCACCCUGCCAAAGGAGCUGAAGCACAGCUGAAGUUCACCUGAACUGUGUGCAACCUCUAUUAAAGUGUAACCUCUGCAUGUCUGACUAACCCAUUAAAAGAGAAACUCCCUUUGGGUAGGUUAAGAUGCGUGUUACUAUACAUGUAAAAUCUUUGGACAAAAUAAGGUCCAUUUCAAAUACUAAUCUGAUUUCAGCACUGCCAUUUUUGAUUGAAACCUCUAAUUUAAAAUAAUCUGUUGUUAACUGCUGCACUUUGCUGCUAGUGUAUCGACAGUAUACUGAAGCAACAACCACCAGGGCUCUGAUCUGAUCAGGUCUGAGGCAAGACAUAGGCAAUGCAGUAACAUAAUCGUGAUUCAUAUUUGAUCAUCACUGCGUAGUUUAACAGUUUGAUAUGAGUUUGGUGCAUUGCGCUCAAUGGACUCAAUGAGAAUGACCUGUCAAUCAAGUGUAUGAAGGUGUAAAAUCCUUUUUGAUGGAAUUUAGACCACGUUGGGACACUACAGCUCUAAAUCUAAACCCUAAUCCUUGAAAAGAUUUACUGCAACAGUUAUAAUGAGCUUAUCCAUGGAUAUACGUGUGUAGACCUAUCAAAACAUUCAAAUUCAUUCAGGAAAGUUACAUUAUUGACAGAUGCAAUAUUGAUCGCUUGUGUAACACACUAUAUAACAAUUACAGGGAUUAGAUUCCAUUCUUUCCUGAAAUGCUGCUGAAUAUAUCAACAAUGCUUGGUGUGCUGCUUUUACCUCCAGAUAGGAGAAAACAUCUUCAUACAUUCUGAGUAUCCACAAAUAUUACAAAACAUUUUAGAAAUUUAAAUGCACCCAUUAUAUAUGCGUCAUGUACUAUGCUUGCUUUGUUGACUGAUAAUGGUGAGGAUCCUGAAUAUGAUGAAUUAUUAAAUAGUACAUGCUGCUACAGAGUUGAAUCCAGACGUUGCUACUGAUAUGAGAAACCACUGUAGAACUUUUGUAUUGUGUUUCUGUGUAAUUAUAACUGUGGUGAUAGCUAUAUACUAUGCACCUUUUAUGUACUGCCAGGUCAGACCGGAUGAGUAUUUUACCACAAUAAAGUUAUAUUUCCA